CACCAGUGGAAGUGAGAGGUCUGUUCACGGAAGACUCACAACAGCGAUGCUAGCGGUGCUGCUAAUGAUAUAUAAUCUCUUACAGUGUUAUUUCUCCUACGAGCAACAAGAGCGAUGUUGUUUAUGAAUCAAAGGUCACGCGUGUCAGGCUGUUUUUAGAUUUGAAUUGCACAUUCAAAACCAGCGAGCCACCCAUGAUUCAUUGCGGCAGCAGCCCUGUGUACUUUUCCGGAAUUAAAACAUAAAUUACAGAAGCUAGCAGUGUUCAGGGUUUACGCUACACAGCUAGCUACUUUAGCUCGGGCUACUUAUACUGCAGUAUUGUGCAGUUUGUGUCUGUAACUCCGGCUCGCUGCGGUGUUACGGUCAGUGCUGUCUGCUGGGAGGCUCUCCUCCUCUCACGCUCUCUGCUCCGUGCCUUCUUGACACACCUUUUGUUGUCUCGUCGAGCUGGAGUCAGCUAACGGCUGCUACCGAGCAUCCCCCGCCGCCUGCCCCGCCGCGGAGAACACAAUUCGCGGGUAAAGAGUUUGCCCUGAAGCCGGUUGGGAGCCGACACGUGACGGCCAGCAACACACAAGGAUGAGUGCCGAUGAACGGAACCCAGCUGCAGUGGCUCAGCCGGUAGAAGAUGCUCAAGGAGACGGACGCUGGAUGUCACAGCACACAAGAUUUGUGCUGGAGUGUAAAGAUGGCGAACCAGAAGUGCUUUUUGUGGGAGAUUCUAUGGUUCAGCUAAUGCAGCAGUUUGAGAUGUGGAGAGAGGUGUUCUCUCCUCUUCAUGCGCUCAACUUCGGCAUUGGAGGAGACACCACCUGCAACGUGCUGUGGAGGCUACAGAACGGAGAGCUGGAGAACAUCCGUCCCAAGGUGGUGGUGUUGUGGGUAGGAACCAACAAUCACCAACACACAGCAGAGCAAGUUGCAGGAGGAAUUCUUGCCAUUGCGCAACUGCUCACAUCCUGCCUCCCAAAGGCAAAGAUAGUUGUGCUGGGUCUGUUGCCCCGGGGGGAGCGGCCCAACCCACUGAGGGUAAAGAACGCUGCCGUUAACGAGUUCUUGCGGUCUUGGCUGCCACGUCUGGGCCGGGCUCAGUUUCUGGACGUGGGCAGGGAUUUUGUUCACUCUGAUGGAACCAUCGUCCCACAGGACAUGUUUGACUUCCUUCACCUGACGCCGUCAGGUUACCGCAAAGUGGCCAAGCCCCUCACUGACCUUCUGCAUCAGAUGCUGGAUGAGACACCAGAGGAGAGGCGGGCAUCGCUGGCUUGAGGGUCGUCGUCGAGCAGCAACAUUUAUCCAGAGGCAUAUCUCCACCCACUGCUGUGGGAGAAGGGGGUGUGCCCCUGGUAUCUGGAGGAGGAAGGGCCCACUCACAGUGGGGGAAGUAGUACCCCGAUGUGAGUGGGCCCAGGAGGGGUGUGGGAUGACAUCCAUGAGCGGAGGGUUGUUAUGGGGAGGUGAUAAGGAGGGAGAGAGACCUCACUACAGACGUAGACACUGUGAUUACAGUAGUAAGCUCUAAUGCAAAAUGAUUCACCAAGGUCAGGCUACUCCGAACCAUAGACAGACAAACAUAUGAGAUCAUAUGAGACUUCAGUGGCUCACACAGCUUUAUCUUGGCCUGUGGUAAAAAUGAGCGUUUCUCUCUGUCACUUUUUCCACAGAGACAUGAUACUAAACAGAGGAACACAAUGCAAUUUCUUCCCUUAUGUUUUGUUUGGUGUCCGCAAAACUGUAACUGUGCGGUCUUGAUAUUAUAACACGAGAAAUCCAGCACACAACAAACAGUAGGAAGAACAUAACCCAACAUUGUAUAAUGUUAUGAGUCUGGCCUGUUUACUACAGAGCAGAGGUUCCCAACCUGGUGGUCAGGGUGUCCUUAGAGGUGUCAAGAGAAUUGUUUAUUUUUUCAGAUAUUUGUCCAUUUUUGACCUUUUUUAAAUCAUGAAAAAGCAUAACCGCUUUUUCACCUCGUCAGGCUUCUAAAAAUCCAAUGAAAUUGGAGAUGUUAAAAUCACUUUUAAGGGUCCACAAGUGAAUGGUUGGGAACCAAAACAGUGUAAACAAAUUUACCAAGUCUUUAAAAUGGUCACUUUUGAAUUGAUGUGUAACUAUUCUAUUGUCUCUACAAAUUGUUAAUCAAUGUAAAAUAGAUUAUAUUUGGAGAGACCACACACACACACACACACACACACACACACACACACACACACACACACACACACACACACACACACACACACACACACACACACACACACACACACACACACACACACAAACAGAUCACUACUUCAUCUCAUGUGACUUAAAACCACAGCAGAACUAAAUGUUCACGUCAAACCUGACGUCGGUGUUCGCUGCAUGCAUGUUUUAAGGUGAGCCUCAGCUUCGGUGUUGAAAGUGGGCCGACGCUUCAGUAUGUUAAAUCCAAUGUGCUUUGAUUAUUUAUGUACAUUUAUUGAGCGAAUGUCGGCCAAAAUCGUGUAUUCAUACAUAUCCAUUAGUGAUGUUGUGCCAUGUAUCUACAUGGGUCUUCCGAACAACACUAAUCCUGUCGCUUACAUGCAGAGCUUCUAUUUGUAGAUUUACAUUUUACUAUUUUCAUUUUUGAGUUGAAAAAAUGUCAUAACUUUAGGCCGUGAUGUUCUCGUGCUCCAGUGUAACAGCGAACUUGAUUUUAAUUUUAACAAAAGAGAAAGAAAUUCUGAAACAAACAAGUGGUUGUCACGUCAUCUUACAUUACUAUUCAUAACACAAGCUAUCCCUUAUGAAUACAGUUUGAUGUGUGACAUUCAUCUGUAUCUCCCCCUAAUAUGUCCAAAUGUUCAUAGUCCAACCCUCCCACCCGCUCUCUCUCUCUCUCCCUCCUCUUUACAUGAAUAUACAGUAUUUUUAUCAUAGAAGCUCCUCUGCAUUCUGUUUCUCACCACCUCCUUAUUUCUGCCACCGGUUGUACUCGUAGUGACUCCAGCCCCGCCACACUGCCACCUCACAUCUCCACAUUGUGUAGCUAUUGAAUUAUUUUAAGGAGAAAAAGUAGGCUCUGAACACAGCUAUAGUGAAUAUUGUCACGCUAAAAAAAGAAAUCACAGGUCAUGUAAAUAAAGGUAUUCGUCUGUGAGCUUAAUACCAUAGCUGUUCCUCCAUGGCUUCGGUUCUGUUGCCAGCGUCAAAUGCUACUGUUGUCUUAAGCUCCGCACAUUCACGUGCUGUGUAUAAUAUAAAUGGUGUAUGUGUGUGCCUUAUGUGUUGAUGGGGACAGUAUGUGUGCUCCUGGAUUGUGUACGUUGGAUGUGCGAGUGCUUAGAAGCGACCCCACCGCCCCGGUUGUACAUAGGACGUGAGGCUUGAGAGAGUGAUGUGUGAAGAGGGUUCAGAUUGUGGGAGUCUAUGUUUUUUGGUGCAAUACACACUCUUUGCACUGUUUUGACUCGCUGUCACAUUAUUGUGUUAAAGCAUUCCAAUAAAAAAACAAAACAGAA